CUUCUGUAGUGAGGCAAAGGGCAGAUACAGUAUAAAUACCUGCCUUACCGAACUGAACCCCAGCAGUUCUUUCAGCACACUAAAGACCUAAGGAUAUACAGCAGCGGCAGCACAGAGACCCCUCCCCGACUCCUCUGUUUUUUGGAGCUAAAGCAUGCUGAUUUAGCUUCAGAAGAUGGACAUACGCGUGAUCAGUGUCGCUCUCCUUCUGUUGGCCCUGGCUAAUGCGACUCCAGACAGAUACCAUGUGAGAGUCCACAAGGAGCCAUAUCCAAAGAAGACUCACGCACCACCACCAGGUGAGCCAGGACCCCAAGGUGAACCAGGACCACCUGGACCCCCUGGGCCCGCUGGACCUCCAGGCAAGAGUGGAUAUGGAAAACCAGGCCCUCACGGUCCACCAGGGCCACCAGGGCCAGCUGGUUACUCUGCAACUGGUAAACCUGGCACUCCAGGUGCACCUGGUAAGCCUGGUGCCAAUGGCAAGCCUGGUGAUGGUGGACCACCUGGUGCACCUGGACCCCAAGGUGCAAGGGGUGCCACCGGUGCUCCCGGGAUCCCUGGACCUGCAGGUCUUUCUUCUGUUGGUAAACCUGGACCACAUGGUUUGCCUGGACCAAUGGGGCCUAGAGGUGAGCAAGGCUUGAAGGGACACCCUGGUGUUCCUGGACUUCCUGGUCCAAAAGGGGACAUGGGACAUGGCAUUCCUGGGACUCCAGGUCAGAGAGGACCAAUAGGUCCAAUGGGUCCUGCAGGUCAGCCGGGUAUUCCUGGGGUUGGGAAAUCUGGUCCAGCUGGAAUCCCUGGGGAGCCUGGAAAGUCAGGUGUUCCAGGGAGGGAUGGGAGCCCAGGGCCAGUGGGAAGGCCAGGACCAAAAGGUCCUGAUGGAAUCCCAGGUAUAGGAUCCCCAGGCAAGCCAGGUCAGAAUGGUGCUCCUGGUAUGCCUGGCAAUCCUGGAGCAAAAGGUCCCCCAGGGCCAAGCGGAGCACCUGGAAUUCCUGGUGCACCAGGUGUAGGAAAACCUGGCAUUCCUGGACAGCCAGGAGAGAGAGGAGUUCCAGGUACCUCAGGUACUACUGGUCAGAAAGGUGAACCCGGACCAAUGGGGUUCACAGGUGCACCAGGCGCUGUUGGACCUGUGGGACCUGUAGGUCCUCAAGGUGCAAGAGGAUUACAGGGAGAGGCAGGGCUUCCUGGACUUAAAGGUGACAUUGGUGAAAUGGGAAUACCUGGAGCACAGGGAUACAAGGGUGACAAGGGAGCACGAGGUUUAGACGGAAAGUCAGGAAUUCCAGGAGCACCAGGCGCUAUGGGUCCAAAAGGUCCUGUUGGAGCACCAGGUAGCACAGGAGAAAAAGGUCACCCUGGUGCACCUGGUAAAUCAGGUAGCCCAGGACCUGUGGGACUAAAAGGACAUCCAGGGAGACCUGGAGAACCAGGAGCAAGGGGAGAUAAUGGAGUUCCCGGAGCAAGAGGGCCAGUUGGGCCCACUGGUCCUCCAGGAGCACAGGGCCUUAAAGGCCACCCAGGUCAUCCUGGGCCUCCUGGCCCUGCAGGACUAGCGGCUAAGGGAAUUUCAGGCCCUCAGGGACCCCCAGGCCCUCCAGGAGCUAGAGGACAUGAUGGUCUUCCCGGACCAGUUGGACCUCCUGGCCCACCUGGCCCUCCGGGUGAGAUCGUUUAUGACAAAGGCGUGCCCCUGAAAUCACAUGAGGUAAUGGUGCCUCUGAAGCCCCAUGUUUCUGCCUUCACUGCCGUGUUGACUAAGGCUUACCCUCCAUCUGGUGAACCCAUUCGGUUUGACCAGGUUAUUUAUAACGCUGAGAACCACUAUGAUCCUCACAGUGGAAUCUUUACUUGCCACAUCCCAGGUAUCUACUACUUUGCCUACCAUCUGCAUGUCAAUGGGGCCAAUGCACUGGUGGCGCUGUACAGAAACGGCGAACCUGUUAUGUUCACCUACGAUGAGUACAACAAUGGUUUCCUGGACCAGAUGUCUGGUAGUGCUGUCCUUCUGCUUAAUGAGCAUGACACUGUCUAUGUUCAGGUGCCUGAUGAGGAAGCCAAUGGUGUCUUUGCUGCCGAAAAUGUCCACUGCUCUUUCGGUGGAUUCCUGAUCGCUUCUACGUGAUACGGAGUCCUUGAAUCCGCAAAUAAUUUUAAAAUCAAAGAACAUCUUCUUUAAGAACUACCCUCCCUUUUAAGUACCCCCAGAGCCCAAGAAUGGCAGAUUCUUUUUGUGAAAUGAAAAUUGUCAGCAAAACAAGUAUGGCUGUUCUGAUUUCCCUUAGUAUGACCUUAACCGAAUAUAAAGGAAAUGUAAAGUGGUGGGAAAACAUUAACUAGGCUUUUUACCAAAGAUGACAAUAUAGCAAUGUAUAGAACAGGAUAUUGAAAACAAAACUGACCGCUAUUCUUUUUUUGGGUUAAAAUAAAUAAAAAAAAAAAAAAAAAAAAAAAAAAGAAAGAAAAAAAAAUCUGUACAACAGUUCUUCCCUUCUUUCUGUACGUUUAAGAACCUUCAGUUGAGAGAUCCAGAAUUUUUCCCUAAUGUAUAGGUUGCUAAAAUUCAUCAAUACAUGGUGCUCACUGCUUGUAAAGUUUACAGCAGAUUCUUAUUUUUGUGUGUUAGUCUGUCUCAGCAGGUUUUAUCUGUAACAUGCAUAUUAAGUAAUUUGUACACAAUUUUUGUACACAAUGUCGUAUUGGAUUUCUAAGAAAACGUUCAAGUAAGAUAUGUAAAAUACAGAGAAGGAAAUGGCCAUUGAAAUUCACACUGUAUUUCACCAACAUUGUUAUAUUCUUCAAGAUGCAUUACACUAUGUACAACGUAUUGAC